AUGUCUUCCCUUCUCAGGAACCUAUCAAUAAAUGACUCUAGCCUGUGGAAAGAAAAUCAUAAUUCUACGGAGCUUUUCAAUCCUCCAGGAACUCUGAAUAUAUAUCUGUUUUGCCUGACAUGCUUAAUGACUCUUGUAGCCCUGGCGGGCGGUAUUUAUUCACUAGUUUCUCUGCUGAAAAUGCACAGCAGAACUGUUGUGUCCAUGCUUGUGGCUUCCUGGUCUGUGGAUGAUCUUAUGAGCGUCCUGUCGGUGACCAUCUUUAUGUUUUUGCAGUGGCCCAACGAGGUCCCUGGCUACUUCCAGUCGCUGUGCACCACCUCCGCCUUACUGUAUUUAUGCCAGGGUCUCUCGAGCAACGUGAAGGCGACUCUCCUAGUGUCUUACAACUUUUACACGAUGCACAGGGUUGUGGGGAGUCAGGCUGACUCCAGCAAAUCCGGCCAGGUGCUCGGUGUGGCUCUGGCUGUGUGGGCGGCGAGCUUGCUGCUCUCCGCGCUCCCGCUGUGCGGCUGGGGCGCCUUCGUGCGCACACCCUGGGGCUGCCUGGCCGACUGCUCCAGCUCCUACGUGCUGCUCCUCUGCGCGGUGUACGCUGCGGCCUUCGGACUCCUCGCGGGCCUCUCGGUCCCGCUCACUCACCAGUUGCUGUGUUCAGAGGAGCCGCCGAGACUUCAUGCCAAGUACCAGGAAAUCUCCCGCGGAGCUUCCACUCCCGGGACCCCUCCUACUGGGGGGCGCGUGCUUGCCUUGUCCCCAGAGGAUGCUCCAGGGCCAGCCCUGCGGUGCUCCGGCGGCUGCUCCUCGAGCUCCGACACUGUGUUUGGACCUUGUCUGCCCGCUGCUGCUGGGGCUGGAGCCUGCAGGCGUGAGAACCCGGGGGUUCUCUAUGGCACCAGGAGCUUCACCGUGAGCAUAGCGCAGAAGCGCUUCGCUUUGAUCCUAGCGCUGACAAAAGUCACCCUCUGGCUGCCCAUGAUGAUUCACAUGAUGGUCAAGCACGUGGUGGGGUUUCAGAGCCUUCCAUUCGAGACACUCAGCUUUCUACUAACCCUGCUGGCCACCACUGUAACUCCGGUGUUUGUCUUGUCCAAACGCUGGACCCACUUGCCCUGUGGCUGCAUCAUUAACUGCAGGCAGAACACGUACCCGGUGACAUCAGAUGGGGAAAAAACCAAGAGGAAAGGCUUUGAAUUCAAUCUAUCAUUCCAACAAAGCUAUGGAAUUUAUAAAAUAGCACGCGAAGAUUACUAUGAUGAUGAUGAAAAUUCUAUAUCCUAUCACAACCUGAUGAACUAUGAGUGUGAAACUACAAAAGACUCUCAGAGAGACAACCGUAAUAUCUUCAACACCAUUAAAGUAGAAAUCAGCACCACGCCUUCUCUGGACAGCUCCACACUGACAGGCGUCAACAAAUGCACGAAUACUGAUAUUACAGAGACAAAACGAGAUUCCGACCCAGAAAAUGGUGUGACUUCUGACAAAACAGGAGGUGAUAUUAACCAUGAAGAAAACACAUUUUUGGAAGGGCCAGAAAGAAGACUAUCUCACGAGGAGAGUCAGAAACCAGAGCUUUCAGACUGGGAGUGGUGUAGGAGUAAAUCAGAAAGAACCCCUCGUCAGCGUGCUGGUGGUACCCUGGCCAUUCCCUUGUGUGCAUUCCAGGGGACGGUGUCUCUCCAAGCUCCUACAGGGAAAACUUUAUCUCUUUCUACCUAUGAGGUAAGUGCAGAAGGGCAAAAAAUAACCCCAACAUCUAAGAAAAUAGAAGUCUAUCGAUCCAAAAGUGUUGGCCAUGAACCAAACUCAGAGGAUUCUCCCUCCACAUUUGCGGACACCAGUGUGAAAAUACACUUGGAGGUUCUUGAAAUUUGUGAUAAUGAAGAGGCCUUGGACACUGUGUCAAUCAUUAGCAACAUCAGCCAGUCCUCCACUCAAGUCAGAUCUCCAUCCCUGCGCUACUCACGGAAAGAAAACAGAUUUGUUUCAUGUGACUUAGGGGAAACAGCCUCAUACUCCCUCUUUUUACCCACGAGUAAUCCCGAUGGUGAUAUCAACAUCUCCAUUCCAGACACUGUGGAAGCACACAGGCGAAACAGUAAAAGGCAGCACCAAGAAAGGAGUGGCUACAAGGAGGAAAUCCAGUUGUUAAACGAAGCUUACAGGAAAAGAGAGGAAGAAAACAAGGGUAAUUAG